AGGAAAGUGAAAUUUGAUAUAUAUUAGAAAUUGGCAAAACUGUUAAUUUAUUUUCAUUUUAUAACUAACUACGGAUUUAUAAGGGUCAGACUUAUUUAUGUACAUAUGAUCAAACAUCAUAUCAUUGUCCGAGUUUCCAAUGGCAGAAUGUUAUAGAUCUACUUCAAAAAAGUAUUUUAGAUUUAUAAAACAUGUACAACCAAAAAAAACUCUGUGUUAUUUGUGGAGAUGGAAUUGAAAAAAGUUUCCUAGAGAAAAGCAAAUAGAAGACUCUGAGUUUAAUAUUGACACUGAAACUCAGACACAGAACUGGAGAGAUGACGAAACGAACAAACGUACUUGUUUUUGGUCAAGAAAAGACAUGUACCAAUGGUAGAAAAAUCCUUGCAAAAUGUUCCGAAUGUGGUAAAUGGUUCGCUUCAAAAGAAAACUUGAAGAAACACAUGGAUACACAUGGUGAAACUACGAAGCACAAUGAGACACACAGUGAACCUAAGAGACACAAGCAGUCACUUAGUGAACAGAAUAAGCCCAUAAAGACGCAUUAUGAAACCAAUGGGCACAAGGAAACAAAUAGUGAAACCGAAAAUCAAGAAAAGACGCAGAGUAAAACUAAAAAUCAAAAGAAGACACAGAGUGAAACUAAAAGGCAAACGAAGACACAGAGUGAAACUAAAAAGCAAAGGAAGACACAAAGUGAAACAAAAAAUCAUAGGAAGACACAAAGUGAAAUUCAAAAUCAAAAGAAGAUACAAAGUGAAACUAAAAAGCAAACGAAGACACAUAGUGAAGUUAAAAAGCAAACGAAGACACAGAGUGAAACUAAACUUUUUUCGUGUCCAAUAUGUCAUAAAACGUUACUUGAUAAAACUUCAAUUGGUAAUCAUGAACGUAUGCAUUCUAAAAGUUUACAGUAUGUGUGCAAGGUAUGCAAGAAAGCAUUCAAUGUUAAAAGUCACCAUAAAGCUCAUGAACUGAUAUGUUCUGGAAAAGGUGGUUUAAAGUGUUCCACAUGCAGUAAAAUGUUCACUUGUGCAUCUAAACUUGAAGCACAUGAAAGAAUUCAUUCCGGUGAAAAGCCGUUCAUAUGCGACUUCUGUAAUAAAGCAUACAAAACACAAGAACUAAGAAGAGACCACCAAAGAACUCAUACUGGCGAACGACCUUAUGAAUGUUCCACGUGCUCUAAGCGCUUUAUAAGAAGAAAUGAAUUCCAGAUACACGAAAAAACACACACGGCUCUUAGACCGUUUAAUUGCCAAAUCUGUGAAAAGACAUUCCGUGAUAAACGUCAGCUAAAAACUCAUGCAAUAAUCCAUUCUGACACCUUUCCGUUUUCUUGCAAGGUGUGUACGAAGGGUUUCAACCAUAACAGCCAUUGCUUAUCCCACGAAAGAAUGUGUUCUGGAGAAACUGUAUAUAGUUGUAUCAUUUGCGAUAAAAGGUUUCCAAAUGCAUCUAGCUUAAAAAUUCACUGCAGAAAACAUACAGGUGAAAGACCAUUUGAGUGUAAUGUUUGCGACAAAACCUUCAGUUGCACGACCAACCUGAGAGUACACAAGUUAUCACAUAGCAAGGCACGACCUUUCCAGUGUUUGGAUUGUGACAAAGGUUUCAAAACGAAAGAUAAAUUAACUCGACACAAGACAACCCAUUCUGAUCUCCGACCUUUUCCAUGUCACGUCUGCCAUAAAACGUUCAAAUUGAAAGAACAGUUAAAUACUCACCUCAAAAUUCAUGAUCAUUCUCGCGAUAAACCACAUUCUUGUGCGAUAUGUAGCAAAAGUUUUUGUUCUAAAGGUGAGUUGAGAAGCCAUGACAGAAUCCAUACUGGUGAGAAGCCGUUUAAUUGUGGGAUAUGUGAUAAAUCAUUUGCCGGACUGGGAACAAUGCUAAAACAUCAAGGGAUACAUUCGGGGGAAAGACCUUAUUCUUGUUCUAUUUGUUCGAGAAGUUUUAGAUUACAGGGCAGUCUCCAUAGGCACACACUAAUACACACUAGUGAACGUCCGUUCCGAUGUAAGACAUGUAGUAUGGGUUUUCUUACAAAUAUUCAAUUAUCAAAACAUGAAGUUGUACACACGCGUACUUCAACAAAGUGUUCCUUUUGUGACAAGAGCUAUUCCACUGUAUAUGGGUUGUUACAACACGAACAAUUACAUACCGGUGCGAAACCUUUCCAAUGUUCUAUAUGUAACAAGAAAUUCACAUGGAGAGCGAACUGGAAAAGACAUGAAAAGAUACAUAUGGGAGAAAAACGCCAUGAGUGUAUUGUAUGUCAUAAAAUGUUUGCUAGCAGCUUUAGUUGUAAACUUCACGAGAGAAUACAUAGCGGAGAACGGCCUUUUACCUGUCCGGUAUGUAAUAAAGGUUUUAAGAGCAAAAUAGAAAUGAAAUAUCAUAAAUUUGUACAUACAAAGAAUAAACCGCUUAAAUGUAGCGUUUGUGAAAAGGGAUUUUGCACAAAAUAUAAAUUAAAACUACAUGAGGUUACACACAGAAAAGUGAAACCUUUCAUUUGUUCUCUCUGUAAAAAGGGAUUUAGCACUAAAAGUGAAUUUGAAACUCACAUGAGAGUUCACAAGGGUGACAGACCACACAAAUGUACAACUUGUAAUAAAAGAUUUUUCCUGGUCGGAUCCCUACACGUGCAUGAGCGCAUCCAUUCUGAUACUAAACUUUUUAAUUGCAAUGUUUGUCAGAGAGGAUUUAAUUUCAAGAGCAGUUUACAAAUUCACGAACGGUCACAUACGGGUGAGAAGACAUAUGUUUGUGAGUUUUGCGGGAAAGCCUUCGUGGGCAGUUCGUCACUAAGGACACAUUUGAUGAUUCACUCGGACAGUAAACCGUACAAGUGUUCUACGUGUGAGAAAACGUUCCGGUUUAAUGCUAGUUUGAAGACACACGAACGGUCUCAUGGCAAAGGAGAAUCUUUAGAAUGUCCCGUGUGUAACAAAAUCUUCAAGCAGAAAAUAUAUCUGAAGCGACAUGAAAAACUACAUACAGGAGAAUAGAACAAAUUCAUUGUUAUGUUUUAAGUAGAAGUAUUGGAAAAUAAACAGUUGUAUACAUAUAUAUAUAUAUGCAUGGAGCUAUAUCAAGGUUUAGGGAUAUAACACAUGAAACGUGCUUAUGUAUUUAUUUGUAUUGGACCAUAUAAAAAUAAAAUCUGCAAUGAUAUAU